UUGUUUCCAAUCGUAAGCGCUGCAUCAAUAGUUGCAAAAGUCAGUCGAGAUCGCCUACUUCGAGACUGGAAUUUUGUGGAGGGUUCCGUGAAAAUUCCUGACGAUGGUUAUGGAAGUGGUUAUCCGGGUGGUGAGUACCUUACCACAUUUGAUCCAAAUACGAAGAAAUUUCUUCGCGACGCCAUAGACCCUGUAUUUGGGUAUCCGAAUUUGGUUCGGUUCAGUUGGAAAACAGCUGAAGUGAUACUGGAAAAGAGUGCGGUCCCGUGUAAAUGGGAAGAACCUGGAAAGAUAGAGCUGACAUCGUGGUUUCAUUCUGGAGCCAAAGACGAGAAGCCACUGCCGCAGAGAUCUGCCUUCUUUGUUGACCGUUUCAUCUCGAAUGUUGUUCACUUCUAA